AUGCCCGCAAACACCACCCGCGCGCCCAGUGACUCCUCCCGUCAGCGCCGGGCCCAUCUAAAGUCCAGGAAUGGCUGCGUGCGAUGCAAGAGGCUGAGGAAAAAGUGUGAUGAGGGACAGCCCAGAUGCGCGCGAUGUGUGAAGCAGGGCACGGAUUGCGAGUACGCCAAUGCUACGGACGGUGGCGAUGAGGCGACCAGCAGCGGCGGCGGCGUUUCUGAGCUGCAUGGCCGGCGGGCGGUGGUGGCCAGCGAUUCGGACGUGGAGAUGAGGGACUCUCUAUCUACGGACCCUACGUCGGCCCACAGGCCGGCGAGCUCGCACCUCCACGCAGCACGCAGCCACGCCGACUCUGCUAUGCCGCCGGCUGCUCCCUCGCGCACGGGGUCCGGCGGCAGCGGCCUGCCCAUGCUUAGCGCGCGCGAGCUGGAGCUCUUCAGCCACUACAUCACGCACACCAGCCGUGUGAUCCCGCACGGGCGUGAGGACAUGUUCCCGCUGCAAGUCGGCAUGCCGAACCUGGCCUUUUCCAACCCGGCAGUCAUGGACUCGAUCCUCGCGCUGGCCGCGUCCUGCAAGUGCCACGACAUGCUACUCGGGGGCGAUGGCGCCGCAUCCUCGGAUAGGAGGCUGGGGGGCAUUUGCGAGCUGCUCCGGCUGGCGGACCGCCACCACCAGGCCGCGCUGGGCCAGCUGCAGAGCGACAUCUGCGAGCGGCAAUUCCGGUCGGUCCUGCCCAACGCCGCGCUGAUGGUGCUGUACGCGCUCUCAUGCCACUACGUGCGCGUGCUGCUGGCGAGGCGGGCCGCGCGGCUGGGCGCGCGGCUCGCCAAGGACGUGCUGCCCUUCCAGUCGCAGUGGAUCACGUCGAUCCGGGCGGCGCACGUCGCGUUUGUCGGGCUUCUGCAGCCCGGGCUGCGCUCCUCCUCCGCAUCCUCCAGCAGCGCUGCUUCGCCGGGCUUGAACUCGGAGGAGGACGAGGACGGGGACAACGGGGAGGAGGCGGCGCUGCUCGUGUCGCCGCUUGGCCUGUCGGAGGCCGACAGGAGCGGCGCGGACAAGUUCCAGGACGGCCCUGCGGAGGAGACUAGGCGCCUUUUGCUGCCCAUCGUGGCCAGCACGUACGAGUCUGCGUUGAGGAAGCUGAGGGUCCGGAACGCGGCCGACCUGGAGGGCGAUGCCAAGCUCGAAGCGUGCGGCGCCGCUCUCGGGCUGCUCGAGGAGCUCUUCCAAGUCAUCGUGGGCGGCGGCGACGCGGUGCCACCGCCCCGGAAGGACGCUCCGAGGCCGCACGACUUUGGGGCGCUGGACGAUGUGCCCCCGUGGCUGGUGCGGUACCUGGCGCGGGUGACGUCGGCCACGCCGUCGCGGCUCUGGCGGCGGCGCAUCAUGGCGUUCCUGAACCAGGUACCGUUUGAAUUCUUGCACCUCGUGCAGUUGGCGCUCGACUGCAUGCCGGUGGAGGAGAGCCGGCAUCAUGAGCCGUCCUCUCCCUCGCUGGGAGACAGUGGCGUGAGCUCAUCGGCGCCGCAACCGCUGCCGCUCGAGGCGGCGCACAAGCCGGCUAUGGACAUCUUCGCGCACUGGCUGGUGCUGGUGAUGCUGCUCGACGGCGUGUGGUGGAUCGGGGACGUCGGCCACUGGGAGCUGGGCCGCAUCGCGCGCUUCAUCGAGGCGCAGGGCUUCGCGCUCGACCUGGCUGAGGGGGAGACGUGGUGGCCCGAGACUAUGCACGCGGUCAAGUCCACGCUCGGUGGCGGCGCGGCGUGA